AUGGUUAUUCUGCUUUACUUUCUCCUAAUCAUCAUAAAGGGUCCAACCCUUUGCUUUGGAAAUAUGGCCGAGGACAAAAUUUUGAAAGUUGGAGAAGAGCUAUGGAGAGAAACUCUGCCAUUACGAGGUGGCUCGUGUUUUUAUCAACUACAUGGUCUGAAACCCCAAACGUGGUAUGAAGUGAAGAUAUCGUAUCCAGCAACUAUACCCGCGAGCUUUUCCUUACAAUUGAAGAGAAACAAGUCAGAUGUUUUACCAAACAAUCACAGGAGAUUGCUCAACACCGAAAAACUCAUUUUUAAAACUUAUAGCGAUCAGGAUGAAGCCCAUUUAGUAUUAGUUACUGUGGAGCCAGAGGGGUUUCCUGCAAAACCGCAGGUACCCGAGAGGAAAGUUAUUAUUUUUAACAUAGUGUGUGAUGAACUAUUGCUGGGCAUACCCUACAAUGCUUGGUGGGUGGUGGCACUGGCAUUACUGUGUCUAGGAAUUGCAUUUUCUGUUCCUUGUUUUCUUCCAUUGUAUUUGCUACCAAAGAACCAAGUGCUACAAUCGAAUUGCGAUUCGAAAACUUCUUGA